AUGGAUUCAAGUGGUGAACUGCGUUUCGUUGGAAGAGUAGAUUAUCAAAUAAAACUUCGUGGACAACGUAUUGAAACUGGAGAAAUUGAAAAAGUUUUAUUAGGAGCAUCUAACGCUAUUAAAAGCUGUGUAGUAGUAAAAAGGUUCGAUGAAAAGUUGCAGCAACAUCACUUAAUUGGCUAUGUAGAGUUAUUGCGGAAAACGAAUACAGAUGAUGCUUCAUUGUUAUUCCAAAUAAAUGAGUAUUGUCUAGCACAUUUACCUUUAUAUAUGGUACCGUCAAUGUUUGUUAUACUCAAUCAACUUCCAUUAAACUCAAAUGGUAAAGUUGAUCGGAAACAGUUACCUGAAGCAGAUUUCUCGAAAUAUCAAGUUAAUGGAAAUAAUAAGGAUAAGAGUUUUGAAUAUGUAGAACCACAAACAGAUUUAGAAAAGGAAUUACAUUUGCUAUGGCUAAGAGUAUUUGGCGUUGAAAAACUAUCCGUAAAUCAGAAUUUCUUUUCAUUAGGCGGAAAUUCCCUAUUAUUAAUGAAAUUGCUCACCUACUACCAAGCAAAUUUCUCUCUAAAACAAGAUAUAAAUAUAUCCCUUUUAUUCAAGCAUGCAACUAUCCUGGAUCACGUUCAACUGAUACUUACACAAAUCAAGCAAGCUGAUCAAAACAGCAAAUUACUGGAAUGGCAAUCGAACCAUCUGACAAAAGGUAAGCCUUUUAGUUUUCCACUUCAUUCACACCAGAAGUCGCACACAUUGUUCUGGGCGUUAUUCUAG